CAUAAAGAAACUUUUUUUUCUCUAAAUGUCUUCCAGUAUUAAAGUUUUGAUUUUUAAAGAGUAAAUCCAUCAGAACUCUGUUCGCAAAGACAUUUUAACCUUGAAAUUAGCUGUAAUAUAUGCAAGCAUGUGUCUAUCUAUUUAGGUUAGACAUUCUUCAUUUAUUCUGCCUCACUUGUGUUAAUAAUUGAGAGGUGAAAUAUUCAACAGGGAGCAUGUUUAAAGCCAUACUUUCAGUUUUGUUCUUUUGCCCUCCUGGUUGUGAGAAUGCAUACAUUACAGUUAUUCUAUUAAAAGGCGCUUUGAAUCUUUACACGCUUUCAAAGAGCCUAGAACAUUUAAAAUAGUGUGACAUCAUUUUAUGCUAGGAAGAUUAAAAUUUGGCACCUGAUAAAUCAAACAAACAACAACAAAAACACUUCUGUACACAAAGCAUUUUAGAUCUUUUUUCUAAUUUCUUGUUUGAAACACCUUUAGUAGUUUAUAUGAGUAAUCUAAGAUUUGAGAUUUAAAACAAUUCACUAAACAGUUUCAGUUCUAAACCUGCAUAUCACUAUAAGCAACAGAAAAAUUGUGCAGCAUAUUUAAGGAGAAUUGCACUGUAAAAACUUUUAAAUACUAAAAGGGGUACAACAAUAACACAGAGAGCGUAGGCAAAUAAACAAUGCCAAAAGCAAGUGACCUUCAGUCUUAGUUAAUUCCCCACAGUUUGUGUGGCUCUCCUUUACCUCACAGGGGACCUUGAGGAAAGCAGUGCAUGCAGGGAGCACUCCAAUGUAAUUUCAGUCUGACUGAUGGCUGUAACGGUGCACUAUAUUCUGAUCUGAGGUAGAGCAGAGCGUGGAGAUUAAAUGUGAUUACUACUGUGAUUACUAAAUCAUUCAUUAAUAUAUAUGGGCCAAGGUGCCACGUAACAUGCCAUGUGGCGGCUAUGUGUCUUCUCAAAUCGAGCGUUGAAGUCAGCAGGGCAGGUGGAGGCUUGCUUACUUGUAGCUUACAAGCUGUUACCAAUUUAAACUGGCUUUCAGCUGUAAAAAAAAAAAAAAAGAAAAAAAAAAAUCAACAACUGACAAUGAAAUCUUACAGCCUUAAAAAAAAUGUUCAGGAUUUAAUCAAAAUAAAUCUAAUUGUCAGCAUAUGUGGCAUAAUGUCAAUUACCACCGAAAGUUGUUUAGACUCUUUGCAUUAUUUUUUUUUUCCCUUUACAUAAUUUACAACCACUUACAAUACAAGGAAAUACAUAUUAAAAUACACAAUUUUAAAAGCCAGAAUACUCAAUACCUAAAAAGGAUGAUUUGAUACUUUUUAUAAGCCUCAUAUUUCUUUAAAAAAAAGUUUAUUUUUGGUUACGCUUUAUUUGUAACACUUUAUUUUAGUGUCCUUGUUACACGUUACAUGUAGUAACUGUAGUAAUAAUUAUAAAUUAUGCAUAAUUACAUCCAACUAACCCUAAAGCAAACCACAAUCCUAAUCCUUACCCUAUAGUAAGUAUACUGUAUGUUGUUAAUUAUUAUUACACAGUACUUAAAUGCAUAAUAACAAUGUAACACGGACAACUUAAAAUAAAGUGUAACCGGAUUUGGUUUAGGGUUAGUUACUUGUAAUUAUUCAUAAUUUACUGUUAUUAUUAUAGUAAGUACAUAACUAUGUCACCUUAAAAUAAAGUUACCUUAUUUAUUAACAAUUAUUUUCUGUAAAAAUGUCAAACUAAUAUAUUUAUUGCAAUGUGUAUAUGCUUAUUUACCGCAUUUAAAGCAGCGAGUUUCGCUUACCAAGCAGCUUAAUUUUCCAAUCAGAUGUGCUAAACAGCAGGUGUUCAGUUUUGUUGACUGCGAAAAAUUUGUGACAUUUUUUUUUUUGCUUUGUUUGUGUAAUCAAAACAAAAUGCCACCACCUUACCUAUCCCACCAUUUCUGCCUCUCGCACCAGGUGUGUGUAGCAUCCACCUUUCGAACCUAAUGCCGCUGAAACUGUAACUAUGAAAAUGGCAAGCCCAGCCUCAGGAGAUAAAUCAUUAAAUACUCUGUUAUUGUGAAACACAAUCACUUUCGAGAGCACAUGGCGUGGCGGUCGAGGCUCAGCUGAAGGCCGGUGCUCAAUUCUUUCAGAUCUAUUUUUGAAUAGCGAUUGAAUGAACAGCUGCUAAAUAUUUCAUAAGAGAAAAGAGACCAGGUCAUGGUAAGGAAGACCAAAAAGGGGCCAAUUUAUUGAACUUAUGGAGAGAGAGAUAGAUACAUGAAACCAUAACAGGAAAGCGCAACGAGUCCUGUCCUUGAAGAGUUGGACGGGGGCACGAGCAGGGGGAAGUGAUUCUAUCAGGGCUUGUGUAUCUCGUUUCUGCUGAACUGGAAAUGGCGAAAGGUUGAAUCGCUGCAAUAACAUCUAUUAUGUACAGUAUGUAAGCCCAAAGGGCAGCAAUGGCAUCCGUAAGCAUCUUUACUGCUUUUGACAGAACAGUUUAGAUAUCUGACUCUUUAUGCUCUGUACACAAUUACAGUUUCCGCAGCACCAGAUGUGAUACCCGAUGCGGCCACAGCAACCAACGCCGUCACUGCAACAACUGGCUUGUUACAAGCAAUCCACUUUCUGUUCUUCCUGAGGUUACUGAUGCAUUUGCCUCAUCCUCUGAUGGCAUUGCAACAACGCUUUAUAUGGUCACCCAAGCGAUAUCUUCUGCAACCAUGGCAACAACACCUUCUGCAACCAUGGCAACUUUUGAAACAACAUCUUCAGCAUCAGCUAGCACCAUUCAACUGCCAACCUCUCUUGCUCCUUAUUCUGAUGUAUCUUCAGUGGAAACGAGUGAAGUGGUUACAGCAAAUAUCUUGGAUAAAAGUGCCAUUGUGUCCUCAACAGAUACAGCAAUGAAGACAGCUGAUGCACUCCCUCCAGGCAUUGAUUUGAUCGUCCCAACAACUCCUGCAUCUGAUGUUGAUGCUCCUGCCACUGAUGUUAUUGCUUCAUCUCCUGAUAUGGAAGCUCCAUCAAUAGUUAUGAUUGAACCAGAGACUGGUUCUAUUGGCCCUGCAACUGACAAAGACGCUCCUGCGACUGUUGAGGUGGCUCCUCCAUCUGACAAGUUUGCAGAAUCUACCGAUGUGUCCGAUGAAAUCAAACCAGCUCCUGAAGGUCCAGGUGAUGGCAUUGAAGUUGUCAUGACAGUUGCAGAAACAGUCACCACCAGCAAAGUCCCACCUACAACCAAGCCUCUUCUGACAAGUGACCCUUUGCAAGCUCCAGUCCCUGACAAUACUCCUCAACCUGACAGUAAACCUCCAUCCAAAGAUGCAAAGAACAGUGAAGCUCCUCUCACUGAGACCAAUGAGGAAAAAACAGCAACAAACCUGGGGAAGAAAGAUAAAGAUGCUCCUGAGAGUAAACCACCAUCCAAAGUGGGAGAAAACAGUGAGGUUCCUCUUAGUAAGACCAAGGAGGAAAAAACAGAAACAAAUUUGGAGAAGAAAGAUAAAGAUGCUUCUGACAGUAAACCUCCAUCUGAAGUAAGAGAAAACAGUGAGGUUCCUCUCACUGAGAACAAGGAGGAGAAAAGAGCAACAAACCUAGAGAAGAAAGAUAAAGAUGCUCCGGACAGUAAACCUCCAUCUGAAGUAAGAGAAAACAGUGAGGUUCCUCUCACUGAGAACAAGGAGGAGAAAAGAUCAACAAACCUAGAGAAGAAAGAUAAAGAUGCAGAAGCCCCAGUAUCUGCUGACAUUAAGAGGAACAACGAGGCUGGGAAAACCGAAAAGAGCAGGGAAGCCAAAGAGGAAAAGAAAGAGAAGGAAAAAAAGAAAGAAAAAGAUUAUGAAAAGAAAGACUAUGAGAAAAAAGUUGUUGCAAGGAUUUUAAUCCCCGGGGGGCCAAAAACGCAGUUGUCAAGGAUAGCGUACAUCAGAUUUCAAGACUGCGAGUGCAAUGGUCACUCAAAUCGCUGCAGUUACAUUGAUUUCAUCAACAUUGUGACUUGUGUGAGCUGCAAACACAACACUAGAGGGCAGAACUGUCAGCACUGCCGCCUCGGAUACUUCCGGAAUGCUUCAGCCGAGCUGGACGAUGAGAAUGUUUGCAUAGAGUGUAACUGUAAUCAGCUGGGCUCCUUUCACGCCCGUUGCAAUGACACCGGCUUCUGCCAGUGUCGCGAGGGCACCACAGGCCAGAAGUGUGAGGACUGUCUCCCUGGAUAUACCUGGAAACAAGGCUGCGUGCCAAACGUGUGCGAUGACGAGCUCCUCCUGUGUCAGAACGGCGGCUCCUGCAUCCAGAACCAGAAGUGCGUGUGUCCGCCCAGCUUUAGGGGAGUUUUGUGCGAGCAGCCGCGCUGCCAGGGCGAGAAAGGGUGCGACGGCGCAUCGGCCUGCUACCUCAGCACUCUGACGCUGCUGCUCUGCCUUCUAGCCAACAGCCUGCUUAAAGCCAGCGCCUAGACACCCAUCUUAGUUCUGAUAUCAAUCCUAGUCUGCGCAGGCCAAAGGGCUGAACCCUGUGGACGGAGAGACAGUGGCCUGAACCCCGUACGGACCCAGCCUCACGGUGCUGGAAGCGUUUUUGGAAAGGGCGGCGGCUACGCUGAGGUCAAAACGCCUUCAUGAGAAGAGCAGCUUAUUGCUUGUCUCCUAGCAUCACCGAUCGCCUGAACUUUAUACCAAAAACAGAAAAAAAGAAGUUAUGUUCUGUUUCAGGUCACUCUACACAAAACUCAAGUGGAGAAAUAUAUAGAUGAGGUUUCAUUUCCUUUGCAUUUCAACUUUCUCUGUAGUUUCGACGCUCACCGAGAUACAAGCACUGCACUUAGCCAGCUUGUUUUAACGAACGACAAACGGUCGAUAUCAUGGAAGCCUACUUAUGCCAAGUUAUUCUUCUUCUCUUGAAGACUUGUUUUUACAUUUCCUUUCAUUGCUGCAUUUUUCUUGCAAUUUAUUGCCAUUGAGGUUGUAACAAGUAGAUGAAACCGAUGGAAAAGAUGUUUAAUCGCCGUCUUGCUAGUAGGAAGAACGAAUGUCUCUAUAGCUUGUGUUUGAGAUUACGUUUCUGGAAUGUAGAAAGAAGUUUUAAAUUGUCACAAUGAACAAAUAUAUAUAUAUCAAUCUAUCUGAAAGGAAAUAUGAAGUAUUGUAUAUUAUGAUGACUAUUAUUUCACUAUUUUUUGUAGAAAUGGUUAUUUUUGUUCUGAGUAAAUGUUACAUUGUAAAGACAUUGCAGCCUUUAUUGCAGUGCAUAUGGUAUUCACACCAUGGUAAAACUAUAUUUGAUGAUACAGCAGAGUGCAUCUCUAAUAUAUUUGGAAUAUUUCUUCGUUCAUAUCAUUACAUUUAAAUAAAGCAUAAAACGAUUCAUUACAUGCACAGCUUCAGCUCAACGUAACCCGCACAUCAUCUUGAUACUGGCAUGUAUUCAUCUGUGCAGAUAUGACCGUUAUUAACACACUCCUAUGAUGAUACAGUAAUAUAAACACAAAGUCUCACAAACCCCAAAUAAACACGAAAUAAUUACGAAGCACAGAAAAAAAUGCAUCGCCAAUCAAUGCAAUUAGGAUGGCCAUUCAGAUGAACAAUUAAAAAUACAUAAUGAAAGUCAUAUAUCAUGCAAACAGGUUAUUUUUCGAAUAAUUAUUUUUCUGUCUGCGAGUCUCAAACAAAUGUGGCUCAUGGGCUUUUUGAUGUAUUUCAUAUUUACAAAUGCUUUACAUUCAUGAUGAGCCAGGGUAAAUAAAAUACUAUGAAUAAAUAUUAUAAAUGAAUAAAACCUGACAAUCAGAAAGCA